CCAAAGUACACGUCUACCCAGUACCGCUGUACACCGCCCGCGCGCCUCCAGGCUGGAAGGACUCGGACAGCCUGCCCCGUUAAAGUGCUAGAGCAGAGUUUUCGCACAGUCGUUGCAACGCGCUUGUUUAGGGCUAAGGCCGCUCGGAGCAGCAAGCCAGGACCCAAGGGAUUAUUAUGACUUCACGCCCAACUGCGGACCCGGCAGACAGCUCGCUCUCGACAUCUCCCACAAGCGACACGUACUCCAGCAGCCCGUCUCGACGCAGUCUCCGGGAAACCACCAAGAUUCCUCCUCCCACCAAAGGCUCCGCUGUCGAUGCCCUCCAGCAACGUCCCGGACUAGUCUCUCGCGCCUCGGAGAGCUCGACCAAGACCAUUCGACCCCGCCACCAUCUACGCAACAAGUCGAGCAGUGUUGUUCCCACCCUCUCCACGCUCAACGUCGGCACUGCGCCCUCGACCCGCCAGCAAAACACCAUGGCCCAGCACACGACAGGCAACUCCUCGUCAGGCGCUGCCGACCUGCUGCGGCAAGCAAUGACACGCGCAACCAACGACAGCAACGACGACGGACACGACCAGAUCGGCUCCACUAGCUCCACGCCCCCAGGUGCCACGACACCCAAGCCCGACCCGACGGACAAGCGACUGCCGGGUAUUCUGCACAGUUACUUUGGCCAGCCCAAGCCCUCGAACCUGUCCCGCGCCUCAAACGCUUCCGACGAGUCCAAGGAGAGCAAGACGGCUCCCGUCGUGGCCCCUAAGGGCAAGCUUGCAGUCACAAUCUCUGAAGGACGUGGUCUGCGCCCUAGCACAGACCCCUACGUUGUCUGCCAGUUCCAAUGGGCUGAGUACAUCUCAGACGGUCCUAGGCACGAUGAGUCAAAGCGACCACCCAUGCAGAUGAAGCGGACCGAGAGCCAGAUGGGCACUCCAAUGGCCAUCCCCAUGAAGAGCCGACAGAGCAGCAACAGCGGACACAGCUCAGAUCCCAGAGAGAAUGGCUCCCUGGAGGAAGUAACAAGCCCCAAGUGGGAGCACGAGGCUAUGUUUGACGUUGUGGGCGACCAUGCAGAAAUCGACAUCUCCGUAUACGACCGGGCCAACGGCGAGGCUUUCCUCGGCCACGUCCGCUUCUGCCCAAACCUUGUCGAAUACAGCGAGCCAUAUGACGGCUGGUUCCCGCUAGAGCCCCGAGAGGGCGAGGGAGGUGUUGUCACUGGAGAGAUCCACCUCAAGCUGAACUUCCAAAAGGUGGAGAAGAAGCACUACGGUCCUGAAGACUUUGAGAUUCUCAAGCUCAUCGGAAAGGGCACAUUCGGCCAAGUGUUCCAAGUACGCAAGCGGGACACUCGCCGCAUCUACGCUAUGAAGGUUCUGUCCAAGAAGGUCAUUGUGCAGAAGAAGGAGGUCGCCCACACACUUGGAGAACGCAACAUCCUCGUCCGGACAGCCAUGGCUGAUUCGGCAUUCAUUGUCGGACUCAAGUUCUCCUUCCAGACACCCUCAGAUCUAUAUUUUGUCACUGAUUACAUGUCUGGAGGCGAACUCUUCUGGCAUCUCCAAAGAGAGGGCCGUUUCCAGGAAGGCCGUGCCAAGUUCUAUAUUGCAGAGCUCAUCCUAGCCCUGCAGCAUUUGCACGAACACAACAUCGUGUACCGAGAUCUUAAGCCCGAGAAUAUCCUUCUGGACGCCAACGGUCAUAUCGCCCUCUGCGAUUUCGGUUUGUCUAAGGCUAACCUUACCGAGAACGCAACGACCAACACAUUCUGUGGAACCACAGAGUACCUCGCACCUGAAGUCCUCCUUGAUGAACACGGCUACACCAAGAUGGUCGAUUUCUGGUCGCUUGGUGUGCUAGUGUUCGAGAUGUGCUGCGGCUGGAGUCCCUUCUACGCAGAAGACACCCAGCAAAUGUACAAGAACAUCGCGUUUGGAAAGGUCAGGUUCCCUCGGGACGCCCUCAGCACUGAAGGUAGGAAUUUCGUCAAGGGACUUCUCAACAGGAACCCCAAGCACAGGCUUGGCGCAACACGCGAUGCCGAGGAGCUCAAGGCUCACCCCUUCUUUGCCGACAUCGACUGGGACGCGCUGGGCAAGAAGAACGUGGUACCACCAUUCAAGCCCAAGCUCAAGGGAGAGCUGGAUGUUUCCAACUUCGACCCGGAGUUUACCAAUGCUCUAAACGGCGCUGGUUCUCUGAACGCACGCGCAGCUGCUUUGGCAUCAGGUGUCAACCCCGCAUCCACACCGCUGUCACCAACUAUGCAAGCAAACUUUGCUGGCUUCACCUUUACCGAUCAAAGUACGAUGGAGCAACAAUUUGGCAACGACAGGCACAGGAAUGAUGCUCUGGAACGAAUGGAUGAAGACGAGGGAGACGAAGUCAACUGGGAUCGACCCGCAGGUCGCGGAGACAGGAUGUCUGGCAUCGUUCCUAGUAACGAACACGACGUCUUCAACCAUGGCCAAUUCGAUGUAUGAUGAGCAUACGCUCACAUACCCAGCCUGCUCUUCGAUCCUAGGUUCCUCCACGACCCGACAAAAGUUUCUGCUUUGUUCUAUCUUACCAGUACAUGGCGGUACUAUUGAUAUGAGUCUUUUCUUGGAUACCCGGAGCCUACCAAACAGGACCUGAACU